CUCCUCCUCCUCCUCUUUGGUCAGUUCAGGCGGGCGAUCGGCUCCCUUUGCCCUCCUCCUCCUCCUCCUCUUCUCUCUCUCCUUCUGUCUCUCUUGCGGAGUGAAUCCAGGCGGGAAGCCCCAUCCAUCGCUGAGAGAAAACACCAAAGGAAAGAAAGGCAUGGAUGAUGUCCCAUUCAGGGUCUCUCCCUCCUAAAGAAUGGCGGGCGCCAAAGGGAAGGGCCACAGAGGGCAAUUAACUAACUGGAAGUGGGACGACUUCGGAAGCAAUUACCUUUUAAAGUAUGUUGCUCUGCACGCUUAUAACAAGAGACAAGGGAAACUACUAUGAAGGAAAUGGGUCCCUGUAAAGAAAAGUACUCCUGAGAGUUGUUAUUCCAAACAGAUACUCUGCUGUGAUAAUCUACUCCUGAAAUAGUUUUGGAGAUUGUCAAUAAUACAGCUGUGUAUAGACUGGUGUUUUCUUGUGUUUUUGGCAAACAGAAAUAUUAGAAGCUUGUGUGUCAGAAUGAGCUCUGAAAAAAUAUUGUCCACACUGGGCUUUGACACUCUUUCUUGUCCACCAAAAAGGAAAUAGUGAUAAAACACGCUGGAUGUUAGUUGUUAAAAUACGUAUGACAUGAAUAUGUCCUGAUUAUAGAAAUGAAGAAAAGCACCUCUAGCGAGCACUAUUUGUUAUUUCUACUGUAAUAGAUGAGAAAGAAAUGACCGAUCGUAAAAAACUCUGGAAUAGAGGCACAUGUAUCCCUGCUUCUUUGGAAUUUCUGAACAUAAAUUAUGAUCUUUUACAAAAGGGCUACAAGAACAACACUAUACAUAACCACUUAUAUAGAUCAUGUGACACUUUCCCAAAAAAAGAUAAAUGUUUAGAAACUGGAAUUCCUUUACUGGAAAGAGCCAUGUAUGCUGAAAUCCAAUUAAAAAUGGAUGGAUCUCAAGUUGAGUUGAAGUCGCUAGGAAGCCAAUCCUCAGUAAAUAAAAACGAAACCGACAGACCUGUUUUAAAUUAUGUCACAGAAAGAAACAGUAUCUCAAAACGUCUGUGUACUUUGCACAACAGAUUUGUUUGGGACGAUUGCCUCCAGCAAGUAAAGGUUUAUAAUAAUUGCACCAAUGCUUCCUCAACCUGCACUUGUAACUCAAUGGAACUAUCAACUACCUGUGGGGAUAAAACUGGACAACAGUUGUGUGACACCUCAACUGAUAGCUGUUUUCAUUUAGAAACAGCAACCCAAAAACUCAGCGUGGCGUGUUCUGAUCACAGCAUCUCAAGUGUUAAUUUUCUUGGAAAAAUGCCUUCAAAGCCUAUCCUGAGCCAUUUGGAAAUCAGCAAUGAAAGCAAUGGAGAAGAAUCAGAGGAAGAUCUUUCUCGAAGUAAGAAGGAACGCUCCACCUUAUUAACCAGAAGAUUUUGCAAGAAUGACAAAAAGGUUAAGAAAACAGUCUACACUGGGACGAGAGCAAUUGUAAGGACUUUACCAUCCGGUCAUAUAGGAAUUGUUGCCUGGAACUCUAUUGACUGGUGGAGAACUCAUAAUGAAUUAAGGCACUGCAGGGUUACGUCAGAUCAGCUGGUAACAUUUCAAAUUUCAAGAAGCCAGGCAUUACGUUCUUAUCUUCUGCAGUCUAUAUGGCACGAGAUCUUCAAAUCAGCAACAGAAACAGAAGAUUCUUUGAAAUAUUUUCUGCACCCGGUGAAGGAACCACUAACGCCACGGCACCGUACAGAUUGCUGGUGUGAAGGAGACAACUUGUGCACAAAAUCAUGUAUUCACAGAUCUUCUGAAUACCGUACCACUUUACACAGGACUUCUCUUUCAAACUUCAUUAGCGGUGCUUUACUAGAAGCAACUACGUCGUUGGGGGCAAGAAGUGGUUCGCUAAAUAUCUUAGGAGGAUCAACUGGAAAGACCAUGCUAAAAGAACGAAAAUUGAGUUCAUCUAUGGCUGGAUCAAAUGCCCUUACUUCUGCUGUUGCUGGUAUCAGCAAAGAGCUUGUAGACCUGCAGCAUCUCAUUCAGUUUCCCGAGGAGGUUGCUAGUAUUCUGACUGAGCAAGAGCAGGAUCUUUACAGAAAAGUACUGCCCAUUGACUACCUCUGCUUCUUAACCAGAGAUUUGGGGAAUGCGGAGUGCCAGAACAAACUUUCAACUAUUAAAGCUUCCAUUUCUGCAACGCUUCUUUCGGCUCCAAAUGGGGAACACAAUGCUGUUGAAGAUCUAGUGACAAGAUUCAAUGAGGUGAGCUCGUGGGUGACAUGGCUGAUUCUCACAGCAGGCUCUAUGGAGGAAAAACGAGACGUCUUCUCUUAUGUAGUCCAUGUGGCGAAAUGCUGCUGGAACAUGGGAAACUACAACGCUGUCAUGGAGUUCUUGGCAGGCCUUAGGUCAAGAAAAGUUUUAAAAAUGUGGCAAUUCAUGGACCAGUCUGAUAUUGAAACGAUGCGGAGCUUGAAAGACGCUAUGGCACAGCAUGAAUCAUCCUUGGAAUACAGAAAAGUUGUCAACAGAGCUCUGAAUAUACCCGGCUGUAAAGUUGUCCCUUUCUGUGGUGUCUUUUUAAAAGAACUCUGUGAAGUUUUGGAUGGGGCUGCAAGUCUCAUCAGACUUUGUCCUCAAUAUAACUCUCAAGAUGAAACACUGGAGUUUGUUGCAGAAUAUAGUGGGCAAGAUAACUAUUUGCAGCGGGUAGGCCGAGAUGGCUUACAUAAUAUGGAAAAGGAAUCGGCAGCUAACUACAUAUUUCAGACAAUUCGGAGCUGCAAUCGUAGUUUGGAAUCUGAUGAUGGAGAAGAUAGUUUUAUUGAAGAUGAAGGUGGAAGUUCCAGAAGAAAUUCUUUGAAGGACAGAAACCGCUAUCUGUUUAUAACUGGAGAUCUAUCAGAUUCUGAAAGCGAUCUAUUUGAGCAAUCCAGAGAAUGGACCCCACCAGCAGCCGAAGAGCAGCAGCAAGCGUUCUGCCACGGAAUAGAACUCAUUCCCUGGUAUGUUCUGUCAAUUAGAGCUGAUGUCCAUCAGUUCCUGCUGCAAGGUGCAACCGUCAUACGUUAUGACCAAGAGACACAUUUUUCAGCACGAUGUUUCCUUCAGCUUCAACCUGACAAUAGUACAUUGACAUGGAUGAAACCUACCACUGCUUGCUCUACAAAUUCAAAAAUGAGACUAAGUAUGCUCGGUACCACUGCUGAACUUGGGAAAUUUCAAUUUCUUGGCAAUACUGGAAUAAAUGGAUUGGUGGAGGGCUGCUUGGACCUGUUCUCAGCAAAAGCAGUGUAUAUGGGGCACCCUGGCAUUGAUAUGCAUUCUGUGUGCAUUCAGAAUAAACUUUGCAAUAUGUCUCUUGAAGAGAAUGGUGUGACACUAUUAUAUGGACUUCAAACUACUGAAAAUAAGUUGCUGCACUUUGUGGCUCCAAAAUAUACUGCCAAAAUGCUUUUUGAUGGAUUGCUGGAAUUAAUUUGUGCUACAAGGAAGAUGAAGAAAUUCCCUGAUCAGAGACUACAAUGGCUGCGAAAACAAUAUGUCAGCCUCUACCAGGAGGAUGGCCGAUAUGAAGGCCCAACCUUGGCCCAAGCUGUUGAAUUAUUUGGAGGGAGACGCUGGAGUACGAGAAACACAAGCCCAGGAAACCUGAUGAAAAGUGUAGAGAAACCAGGUGUGCAAAGAAACAACACUCUUGGAAUCAAUACAGUCAAGAAAAAGAAGAAAGUACUCAUGAGGGGUGAAAGUGGAGAUGGCACUGAUGAUGAGAUGGCAACUCGAAAAGCAAGAACUUUUAAGGAAAAUCGGAGCAGAAGCGGUUCAGACCCUCAAGAUAUUGAUGAGCAAGAGGAAGCAGAACCAUCUCUUCUGGUUACUUUUUUGGGUACCAACACCCUGCCUUCCAGAAGAUCACAGUCUCUGACUACCUCGGCGCCACCUAACGUAACACCGGGGGUCUCUCCACCUGUCAGGCCAGUAUCUUCUCCUGUGAUGUCAUCCUCAAUAAAGGGUCAAUCUAGCACAUGGAGCAGCAGUAGCUGGCAUGGAAGAGUUAAAGGGGGAUUGAAGGGGUUCCAAACUUGCAUGGUUUCUGAUAACAACAUGAGUUUUGUUGAAUUUGUAGAGCUCUUCAAAUCUUUCAGUGUUCGUAGCCGCAAAGAUUUAAAGGAUCUUUUUGAUGUUUACGCCGUACCCUGCAAUCGAUUGGGUUCAGAUUCUGCUCCUCUGUAUACCUCCCUGAAGAUUGAUGAGAACACAAAUGGACUCCAGCCUGAUUUAGAUUUACUAACAAGGAAUAUAUCGGAUUUGGGCUUGUUCAUUAAAAACAGACAGCAGCUAUCAGACAACCAGCGACAAAUAUCUGAUGCCAUUGCUGCAGCCAGUAUUGUAACUAAUGGCACUGGAGUCGAGAGUACAUCUCUGGGAAUAUUUGGAGUGGGCAUCCAGCAACUCAAUGACUUCUUAGUAAAUUGCCAAGGAGAACACUAUACAUAUGAUGAACUCCUCAGUAUUAUUCAGAAGUUUGAGCCCAGCCUCAACAUGUGUCAGCAGGGACUAAUGUCAUUUGAAGGAUUUGCACGGUUUCUGAUGGAUAAAGAUAAUUUUGCAUCUUUGAACAAUGAAUCUCAGGAGAACAUAGAUGAUUUGGUAUUUCCACUGUCGUAUUACUACAUUGAGUCCUCACACAAUACGUAUCUCACGGGACACCAGCUGAAAGGAGAAUCUUCAGUAGAACUUUACAGCCAGGUUCUGUUGCAAGGGUGUAGGAGCGUUGAACUAGACUGCUGGGACGGGGAUGAUGGAAUGCCAGUAAUUUAUCAUGGACAUACUCUUACUACUAAGAUUCCUUUUAAGGAAGUGGUUGAAGCCAUUGAUCGUAGUGCCUUUUUCACCUCGGACAUGCCAAUCAUCAUAUCUAUUGAGAACCACUGUUCCUUACCUCAGCAACGGAAAAUGGCUGACAUUUUCAAGAAUACAUUUGGAGAAAAGCUUGUAACUAAGUUUUUAUUUGAAAGUGACUUUUCGGAUGACCCUAUGCUGCCUUCCCCCAUUCAACUGAGGAGGAAAAUUCUUCUUAAAAACAAAAAGCUCAAAGCACAUCAAACUCCAGUGGACAUAUUAAAACAGAAGGCUCAUCAGCUGGCAUACAUGCAAGCUCAGGCGAGUAAUGGUGGCAAUGUGGGGAAUAUUUCUACUCCAAAUGAGGAAGAAGAGGAUGAGGAAGACGAAUAUGACUAUGAUUAUGAAUCUCUUUCUGAUGCUGAUGUCCUUAAUGCUUCUCCUGCUCCUAACAGCCAGGAAGAUAAUAUCCUAGAAGACCGACCUGAGAAUAAGUUAACCAUCGAUAAGCUCCAGUUUGAAUACAGCGAAGAAACUGCCAAAAGAAUCAAGAAGAUGGACAGUGCCAUAUACAAUAAUAAAGGAAAGGUUUAUGACAUGGAAUUAGGUGAAGAAUUCUAUCUCUCUCAAAAUAAAAAAGAAAGUAGACAGAUAGCACCUGAACUGUCCGAUCUUGUCAUCUACUGUCAAGCUGUGAAAUUCCCUGGUCUGUCGACUCUCAAUCCAUCUGGCUCUAGCAGAGGGAAAGAAAGAAAGAGCAGGAAGUCCAUUUUUGGCAACAAUCCUGGAAGACUGAGCCCUGGGGAGCCAGCAAUGCUUGCCAAAGCAUCUGGAAAAGGUGCCUUUGACAGCGCACGGCAAAACUGGGAAGAACCUUGUCCUCCUGCUUUUAGCCCUACGACUUCUCUCAGUUCUAUAAUCAGGACUCCUCGAUGUUAUCAUAUCUCCUCUUUGAAUGAAAAUGCUGCCAAGCGCCUAUGCAGGCGAUACUCUCAGAAGCUGAUCCAGCACACCACUUGCCAGCUCUUGAGAACAUACCCGGCUGCUACACGCAUUGAUUCCUCCAAUCCUCACCCGCUUCUCUUCUGGCUUCACGGAGUACAGCUAGUGGCACUGAACUAUCAGACGGAUGAUCUUCCCUUGCACCUGAAUGCAGCAAUGUUUGAAUCAAAUGGUGGCUGUGGCUACGUUCUGAAGCCUCCUGUCUUGUGGGAUCGGAACUGCCCAAUGUACCAACAUUUUUGUCCUUUAGAAAGAGAUUUAGACAAUCUGGAACCAGCUAUUUAUUCAUUAACAGUUGUGUCUGGGCAGAACGUUUGUCCCAGCAACAGCACAGGAAGUCCAUGCAUUGAAGUGGAUGUGCUUGGGAUGCCUCUGGAUAGCUGCCAUUUCCGGACGAAGCCCAUUCAUCGCAAUACUCUCAAUCCCAUGUGGAAUGAGCAGUUCCCCUUCCGGAUCCACUUUGAGGACCUGGUAUUCCUUCGCUUUGCAGUUGUUGAAAACAAUUCCUCAGCUGUCAUGGCUCAAAGAAUCAUCCCACUGAAGGCUCUAAAGAGAGGCUACAGGCAUCUCCAGCUACGAAGCCUGCACAACGAAGCACUAGAAAUCUCAAGUUUGUUCAUUAACAGCCGAAGAAUGGAAGAAAAUUCUUCUGGAAUUGCUAUACCUGCUUCUUUGCGGUUUAGCACACCAGAGAGGAGGUCGGCUGCGCUCUACAAAGUUACCAUACAUGGAGUCCCGGGUCCAGAACCUUUUACACUUUUUACUAUUAGGCAAGGAACCACAGCUGCUCAGCUCCUGCAUCAAAUUUUGGUUGCCACAAAAAGCAUUGGAACGUAUCCCACAGAUUAUUUCUUGAUGGAGGAGAAGUGUUUUAUAUCUAAAGAAAGGAAUGAAUACAGGAAACCACCAUUCCAGAGGCUCCUUGGCCCGGAGGAGGAGAUCGUCCAGCUCCUGAACAGCUGGUUCCCAGAAGAAGGUUACGUUGGACGGAUCCUCUUUAAAACACGCGAGGAAAACCUGAACAGCAGAAAUCUCUUUCAGGAAGAGAAGGAAGAUGCUGCUAGCUCUGAGGAUGACAGUUUCUUUGUCCAAGUGCAUGACGUUUCCCCAGAACAGCCGCGAACAGUUAUCAAAGCUCCCCGCUUCAGCACAGCCCAAGAUGUUAUCCAACAGACUUUAUGCAAGGCCAAAUAUUCCUACAGUAUUCUGAGCAAUCCCAACCCAAGUGAUUAUGUGCUCUUGGAGGAAGUGACAAAAGAGUCGACGAGCAAAAAAUCCUCCACAUCCAAAACGUCUCAGAGGAUUCUUUCUGAUCAAGAAUGUGUGUUUCAGGCUCAGAACAAGUGGAAGGGAGCCGGGAAAUUUAUCCUUAAACUUAAAGAACAAGUUCAAACGGGCCGAGAUGACAAAAGGAAAGGCAUUUCACUUGCUAAUGAACUCAAGAAAUUAACUAAAUCAAGUAAGCAGUACAGAGGCUUUAUCACGUCACCUCUUCAAACAUCUUCAGAAAGUCUCCCAAGCAGAGAUGACAAGACGGCUUGCGGUUUGACUUUCAGUGACACUCUGGAGUAGUCGCCUGCAGAGUUUUGUUUUCAGAAAGUUACAAAGAAGAGAAGUCGCACUAAAGAGAAGCUGAGAAAACCCCAAAGACGUAUCCAUACCUUUGCCCUCUUCUUUGAGCUGCCUUCCAUUUGUAACUGGACCAUGUCUAUAUACGACACAGGCCUUCGAUCGGAGCGGGAAAUAGCUGGAGGGGAUUGGCGCCCCACUUCGGUGCCACCCUGAAGCUGCUUGUGGCGGCAAGAGCCGGUUCUGUGAGCGAU